CACCAACGACCAAGCACGAAAAAGUAUCCUGACGACUCUCCCCCGGAACCACAAUCACACAUCAGCUAUGCCGCCGAGGAUACGGCUCCUUGCAACCACCACCGCCCCGUUGGGAGCGCUAGCCUACUCCGCAUCACGGGGAGUCCGCUGCUAUGCCGGCAAAGCGAAGAAGCCUGCUGCGAGCAGCGAUGCCGAGAAGCCCACCGCCGUUGACGAUGAUGCGAUUGACCUCAAUAAAGUAGCUCGCGACGAGUUCAACGAGUGGAUGAGCGGUCCUGGACGGAACUUCAAGAAGCCGCUAUACAACGAGAUGAACUACAUCACAUCGUACGACCGCAAGACGUGGCAGCGACUGGGUACCGACAAGGACAAGCUCAACGUCCCGUUCCCGCUCAACCAUGCCUUCCGCAGUCAUCCGGUGCUCAGUGAGGAACUGAAGGAGGAGAUCUAUAGUCGGGUUAUGGAGGGUGGCAACAGCGUUCGUGCUGUCAGCGCUGGACUGGGUGUGAGCCUAGAGCGUGUCGCAGCGGUGGCGAGACUGAAGGCAGUCGAGAAGGAGUGGAUCAAGGAGGGAAAACCUAUCGCUACAUACCUCACCAAGGCCCUCCACACCAUGCUCCCCGUGACGCAGCUCUCGCCCAAGGGUCAGACCCAGACCUUCCACGAGGGUCUACAGGACAUGCAAUCCCACCAAUUUUCGCACAGACAAGCCUUCGUUCCCGUCUCGGAGUCGCGAAUAUUCACCCGCGCCGACGCAGGAAAGGAGUUCGGCCUGCCUCCGACCGAAGAAUCCGUCCCCCACCCGGAUCUGAUCGUUCUUCAGCGCGAGAAGUUCGCUGGUCUCGACAACACCGCGCGUGUGGAUAUGCAGCGGGAGAGAGAUCGUCAAGCAAUGGUCAGACGCGAGGAGAAGGAGCGCAAGGAGAAGGAGCGCAAGGAAAAGAGUGGACAGGUCAUCGAGAAGGGGCGCUGGGCUUGGAGGUUGACUACUGCUACCACUGGUAGGGUUGGAUUCAGAUAUGGUGUACCGCACCAGGAUCGGAAGAAGGGGCAGGUCAAGAUUCCUACACGUGUGUUGUAGAUGGGAUAUAUGGGAGGAAAUUGUAAAAUAUACAUGGCUGUAUCAUCAGAUAGACAGUGCGGCGUUGCCAUCAUCUAGCAAAGUUGGUGGAAACCUCCACCCCACAUCGGAUAGAUAAAAAUACUACCUUUGAAUUCCAAGG